AUGGGUCCACAACCAAGUGCUCCCGUUAAGAAGAAGGUAGAAUUCAAACUACCACGUGGCGGGCCUCGACGGCAAGGACUACGCCCACCUGGACCUCCUUGUGGUAUUCCUCCGGAUUUGAGCGACAGCGAAGGCGAGGGCGAAAAUGAGCAUGACCCCUACCACGUUCAAAUUCCGGCUGAUGACGACUUGGCACCUGUGAUAAUCCCUGAUUUCGAUGCCCCCAACAAGUUCCCGAAGUUUCCACCACCAAUCAUGCCUUUGCGACAGCGUAAGUUCUUCAAAAAUGACCCUCUUUGA